GAGGGCCAAGAUAUCCGACAAGUGGUAAACCGUGAAGGUGCCGAGAAGUCAAUGCUGACAGAGUACUUCGAGACGAACAGAUUACAUGAGCAUGCUCGAGGUAUCUUGUACCGGGAUUUCCCUGAGUGGUAUACUUGGCAGAAAGGCAAGAAAAAGAAAUUCUGGCAAAGAAGGGUACGAGAAACAGGUGGACAGGUUGGUAGAAUCGUGUCAGCUCAUCCGGCAGAAGGGGAACGCUACUAUCUCCGGGUUCUCCUAAACCACGUGUCUGGUGCCACUUCCUACGAUGACCUAAGGAUGGUUGACGGUGAGAUCCUACCGACCUUUCGUGAAGCUGCAGAGAGAAGGGGCUUGAUCGAAGCAGACAACACACUGGACGAGUGCCUUACGGAAGCCGAGUUGUUCCAGAUGCCACCAUCGCUCCGAAGGCUCUUUGCAACAAUAUUGGUAUUUUGUGAGCCCAGCGACGUGCGAGGACUUUGGCACAAACACCUGGAGGCAAUGUCUGAGGACUAUCGCCGUAAUAAUCUAUGCACAGUCGCUAUAGAACAGAUGGUUUUGAUAGAUAUCAGGAAUAUGCUACAGUCAAUGGGGAAGGACAUAAGGUCGUUCCCUCUUCCCGAGAUCAACGAGGCACAUGAUACGGCCAACGGUGUGACAAGGGAGAUCUUCGAGGAGUCCAUCAUCGAGCUCAACGUUGAGGAUGCAACUCUGUCGGACUCCCUCAACACUGAGUAGAGGGCUGCCUACGAUGAGAUUCUAUCUACUGUUGACAGCGACGAGGGCGGCGUGUUCUUUGUGGAUGGACUUGGAGGCACCGGGAAGACUUUUCUGUACAAGGCGUUGCUCGCAACGAUACGCGGGCAGAAUAAGAUUGCUGUGGCAACAGCUACGUCCGGUGUUGCAGCUUCCAUAAUGCCUGGUGGAAGAACUGCGCACUCGCGCUUCAAGAUACCGCUGAGUAUUGACGAUGGUGCGUUCUGUAGUUUCACGAAACAGAGUGGGACUGCCAAGCUUCUGAGGACGGCUUCUCUCAUUAUUUGGGACGAGGCUUCCAUGACAAAGAGACAGGCAGUGGAGGCGCUGGACAACAGCAUGCGUGAUAUAAUGAGCCGACCAGAACUUCCGUUUGGUGGGAAGACGGUUGUGUUCGGGGGAGAUUUCAGGCAGGUCCUCCCUGUUGUCCGAAAGGGGUCAAGGGCUCAGAUAAUCGAUGCGUCGCUGCGUAGGUCAUACCUUUGGGAUUGCAUGCGUCACUUAAAGCUGGUACAUAACAUGAGGGCACAGAGUGACCCGUGGUUUGCAAAAUACCUAUUGCGCAUCGGUGGUGGCACCGAGGAGGCCAAUGGUGAUGGCGACGUGCGUCUUCCUGAUGAGAUAUGCGUGCCGUAUACAGGGGAGGACACUGACUUGGAUAAACUUAUAGAUAACGUUUUUCCAAUGCUUGAUGAUAAUAUGUCGGAUCCAAACUACAUCACCUCGAGAGCCAUCUUGUCCACACGAAACGAUUGUGUGGAUAAGAUUAAUAUGAAGAUGAUCGGCCGCUUCCGAGGGGAGGAGGUGGUGUACCAUAGCUUUGAUCGUGCAGAAGACGAUCCCCAUAACUACUACCCCCCUGAGUUUCUUAACUCGCUGACACCUAACGGGCUGCCUCCACAUGUUCUGAAGCUCAAGAUGAACUGCCCUAUCAUAUUACUCAGGAAUAUUGACCCCGCGAACGGACUUUGCAAUGGGACGAGGCUGGUGGUCCGGGGGUUCCAGAGAAAUGCCAUCGAUGCAGAGAUUGUGCUGGGGCAGCAUGUUGGAAAGAGGGUUUUUCUGCCUCGGAUCCCCCUGUGUCCCUCUGAUGAUGAGAUGUUCCCUUUCCAGUUCAAGAGGAAGCAGUUUCCUGUCAGACUCAGCUUCGCUAUGACAAUCAACAAGGCACAGGGGCAGACCAUCCCUAACGUCGGUAUUUACCUACCCGAGCCGGUGUUCUCUCACGGUCAGUUAUACGUCGCGCUAUCUAGAGCCACCGCUAGAGCGAACAUCAGGGUCCUCGCCGUCCAGUCUGAUGACAAAAAAAAGAAGUUCUCAAAGCAAAGUGGUACGUACACGAUGAACAUCGUCUACAGAGAGGUGCUUACGGCAUAGACAAGGUCAACUCCCUUGCAUGUUUACCACACAUGAUAGGGUUUGCUUAGCUAUCGGAAAAUUGUUAUACAAAUGUUUUUUUUGUCCUGUUUUGAUGCUGGUAGUAUGCAAGAGAGUAAUUUUUUCCGAUCCGCAAAGAAGACUUUGCAAA